UCGCCUAUGGGCGACCCAAGCACACCCCGACCCGGGGCCGGCCCUGCGCGAUGCGGCGUCCAGGUCGGCGACUCCUGGGGUUCCCCGGGCAAACUCCCCCUACUCAGUGCUUUCCAGCGCGGGGCGAACAGACUGGAUGGAGGGGCACCGCGCUCGCUCCUCCGGACCGUCCCCCAACUCGUCUCUCCUCGCUUGCAGAGCCGGGUGCAAGCUCCCAGCUCUGAACACAGAGGAAAGUCACCGGGCGCCCCCUCCUCCCCGCCCUCUUUCUCCACGGCCGGCCCUCUGCCCCGCGUUAAAAAGGAGAAGUGAAAGAACGAGCCAGUGCGAGCGAUUCUGGAAAAGGGGAGGGGACAGCAACCGGGUGAAGAUACUUACGCGGUGCGGGCAGCAGUGGGACGCAGCCACUCUCUCUUUCUCUCUCUCUUUCUUUUCUCUCUCUCUCUCCCCCUCUCUUCCUCUCUUGCGGGCAGAGAAGAAACCCACGCGCGCACGCGGUGAUGUCUUACUGGUGAUAAUUGGCCCAGGGGUCGUUGCGAACAUACCUCUCCCUGCUUUAGGACCAGCUCAGCUCCUCAUGUCCUCGAAAGGUUUUGCAAAGACAACCACUCGCUCGCCCGUGUCUCUUUUUGAGCUCUGGAGCGCUGCUGUUGAUUGAUCAUCUGUGUAAGCCAAUCACAUUCAAGUCCACGCUGUUUAACCAGGUCAAACACAAAUGCCUUUCCUGUUCUGUCAGCAGAGUACAUAUGCCUGGAGGGUAAGGAUCAAUGCUCCUCUCGCACCAAUUAAGACCGCUGUUUGACUGCUCAAAACAAAUGUCCCUGAACAGUGGAUUUAGCAGAAAGAUUUUACUUUUCUCAUACCAUGAGAGGCAUGGAGUGCGACAUCCAUGGCUGAGUGGCGUGUUACCGUAGGAAGGGAGAUUUUCUCGACACUUCUGCUUAGCUUUAGCAUGGAGUUUUCGUGUUAGUCUCACAAGCCAAACUGAUCUCAAAUACAGCAUCUGUGCUCCCAACACUGAGGAGUAGCAAAGCAGGAAGAGCUGCCCAGGCUUGCCAUGAUGUGCCUCCCUGGGUGCUCCAUCCCAUAAAUUCUGCUUACCCUGUGUGUCAGCUGUGCUCUAGACAACCCCUCCUAUGUGUAAGCAAUGUUGAAAAUAUUGGUUUAGUUCAAUAUAUAGCCAUCUCUAAUGGAAUCUGUGCUGUUUUAGCAGAAUUAUUAAUAACUAGUUUUCUUUCUGCUCA